ACUCCCUCACUCCGUUUUUCAGUGACUUUCCAUAAAAGCAGUCGGCACGCGAGUGACGGUUAAUGUGAAAUCCCCGGUGAAAUGUCCCCAAUCUGGCGUUUUCGCCCUGCGUGUGUAUGUGAACGGCGUUAACCAGUCGUAUGUGAAGCUGCGCCAGACUGACCAGCUCCGACCCCCGCCCGCCAGCGGCUUGGUACGGUCCCUAUCGCAGGGUGGGGGGAAGCUGUGUGGGAGAGGAGCACAGAUUCCGUCUAACGGAGAAGCACGGAAAGGGAAACGGGCGAGAAACAUGAGUUGAAAUCGCCCUUGCGAAGGUUUCCACCUUGAAGGAAUACAAAUUCUCCCCCGAUUCUAAGAAGGACGAGUAGAGGAGGACAUUAAUGUCACAAAGAGAGCGGAAGCAGACGGAAGAAGAGGCGCGUCAAGAAGCGAUCAAAAGGCGUCUGACAGCCAGCUCAGGAACUUCACCGGAUUUUGGUUUCUUUAAUAGUUUACUUUGAGAAUACUCUCGACUUUCGGCUUCGUUGAUGUUCAGACGUUGUCUGUGAUUGUAUUUCAGUGGACUUACCUCAGAGGCGGACCUUCCCCCCACCCCCCACCCCCCCGGACCGAGUUGUGCUUUGGUAAACAGAAGACACCGUCGCAGUUUGGAAGUACAAUGCAGGCCGUCAGCGGCUUGAUCUGUCCAUGUCUUCACCGCGGGGACACAUUUGGCGUCUAACCCCCAGAUACUGGAUCUAAACUUUUGUCUCCCAGCUUCACCCCCUCCCCUCCCUACAAAGGAACGAGUUCCCGUCGGCCCGGGAGUGUGGAUAUAUACAGUUAGGAGGGACUUUCCCUGGAACUGCACCGUAAAUCAACACUUUGCAGCGGGAUUGCUUUGUUUACAUGCGUUUGUGCAACAGAGACAUCCUGUGUAGUGUAUGGGGAUUACAUUGUUGGCUUAUUUUUUAUUUUUUAAAGGGGCUCCUUUUCACCCUGGCAGAGGCCAACCACCUUCUGCUGUAGGCGGCUGAAGGGGAGCUGAGUGACCGCAACACACACAGUGGAGCUCUGGCUGUGCAGGCUCUGUGACAUUGCUGCGUGUGUGUGUGUGUGUGUGUGUGUGUGUUUGUGUGUCACUGGAUUAAUCCGAGUGGUAACAUCACUCCACACUGCCCUACUCUGUCCAGUGACGAGUCCCCCAGAAAGCGCCGGUAAUUGGAGCUAUUUUUAGAGUAAGGGAUGGGGUAAAAGCGGGCAGCUGGAAACCCAACUCCCCCCUCCACUCCUCCACCUCCUUCUCUGCCACCCCCCCCUCCCUCCCCCCUGCUAUCACACUACCUCGCUCUGCCCACCCCGGCUGGCAGUAUGCUGGGCGAGCCUGGUUAGCACAGACUUCACUUGCGGCUAAUUAGUGUGUUUUGCAAGUGGUCUGGAAGAACAACACACACAUUGGAUGAACUUGUUCUGCGGACUGAUAUGAGAUCUGUCGGAACCAUAAAUUGACCUGGGAAUACUACCUGCACUGUAUUCUACUGUUGGGGGGUGGGGGCUUCACUGGACACACCAAUCAACUGUACUGGUUUACUACUAAGAUGUCUGAACAAAUAUUAGCUGUGUACUUCUGGUUCAGCCUGCCCGGGACUAAGUGAACCUAUCAUAAGCAAGUAGAGUGUAUGCUUUUAGCCCUUGGACAUUUAGCUCCAACAGUUUAAUCAGAGUAGCCACUCGUUAACAUACUGUAGUAGAAGAAAGGCCUACUUUUGACUACUUAAAGUAUCAGUCACCAGCGAUCUGGAUCGGUACAAACCUCCAGCACACAGAAAGAAUGCAUGAAACUGCCGAAACCAACGAAACAAAAAGCUAACCUGACUAACCAAAUAUUCUAUUCCCCCCCACCCCCCAAACCCACAGAGCAACAGAAUAUAUAUGUAGAAUGAGAGAUCUAUAUCUAUAGUGUAACUCCACAGAAGAUUACAUCCUUUAUAUUUUUUACUUCAGAGAGACAAGCUGCCUGUACACCAGUUGGUUGCCUUAGAAACCACAGUCACAAAAAAAAAAAAAAAGAAGAAGAGAGAAAAGAAACAAGCCAGAGAAGACGGUGCCUUUUGAUUGGUCGGUUGGUUUCCCACCAUUUCAAGAUUCGUUGAUUUUUAGUUGGAUGUAAACUGUUUUGAAGUGAACUCUGGGAUUGAAAACGCUGCGCCUCAUGACAGACUAGACCCCCACAAGCUCCGCCCACCUGCCACUAAAGUGUUUGUGAUUGGCCGCGUUUUCCCUGCCGGAUUGAACAAUUGCCGAGCAUUUCCAUGGUGAUCACGUCAUCAACCGCGGAGGACAAGACCGUGCCCCCUUGCAGGAUGGUCCAAACAGAACCCUGGAUCAGCUCUGCCCUGCUGUGCAAGAACAAGAGUGUAAGCAGCUCAGGAUGUCCGCCCACCUCCUCCUCCUCCUCCUCCUCCUCCUCCUCCUCCUCCACUGCCCAGGGCUUCUCCCUCGCUGAGCCAGCCAUGACCAGCCAGCACACACAUACACACCCCUCCUUCAGCUCCAUCCACUCCAUGGCCGAGCAGCAGCAGGUGCUGUCUGAUAUGACCAUACUCCAGCGGAGGAUCCCCCCUAGUUUCAGAGACCCUGCCAGCGCCCCACUGAGGAAACUCUCUGUUGACCUCAUCAAAACUUACAAGCACAUCAAUGAGGUGUACUAUACUAAGAAGAAGCGACGGGCCCAGCAGGUCCCUCCAGAGGACAGCAGCACCAAGAAGGAGAGGAAAGUCUACAACGACGGCUAUGACGACGACAACUACGACUACAUUGUCAAAAAUGGAGAAAAGUGGCUGGACCGCUAUGAGAUAGACUCACUGAUCGGGAAGGGCUCCUUCGGACAGGUGGUGAAGGCCUACGACCACCAUGAGCAGGAAUGGGUUGCCAUUAAGAUCAUCAAGAACAAAAAGGCAUUUCUAAACCAGGCACAGAUUGAACUACGCCUGCUGGAGCUCAUGAACAAGCAUGACACUGAGAUGAAAUAUUACAUAGUCCACCUGAAGCGUCACUUUAUGUUUAGGAACCAUCUCUGUUUGGUGUUUGAGUUGUUGAGCUACAACCUGUACGAUCUGCUGAGGAACACCAACUUCAGAGGAGUGUCCCUCAACCUCACCAGGAAGUUUGCACAGCAGCUGUGUACAGCGUUAUUAUUUCUGGCCACGCCAGAGCUGUCAAUCAUCCACUGCGACCUGAAACCAGAGAACAUCCUGCUGUGCAACCCCAAGAGAUCUGCCAUCAAGAUAGUCGACUUUGGGUCCUCCUGCCAGCUUGGACAGAGGAUCUACCAAUACAUCCAGAGCAGGUUUUACCGCUCUCCUGAGGUUUUGCUGGGGAUGCCGUACGACCUGGCCAUCGACAUGUGGUCUCUGGGAUGCAUCCUGGUGGAGAUGCACACAGGAGAGCCUCUCUUCAGCGGCUCCAAUGAGGUUGACCAGAUGAAUAAGAUAGUGGAGGUUCUGGGGGUCCCGCCCAGCCACAUGCUGGAUGCCGCUCCUAAAGCCAGGAAGUAUUUUGACAAGCUGUCAGAUGGCCUGUGGACAGUGAAGAAGAACAAGGACAUCAAGAAGGAGUAUAAGCCCCCAGCCACACGGCGUCUUCAUGAGAUUUUAGGUGUAGAGACUGGGGGCCCAGGGGGACGCAGGGCAGGGGAGCCAGGACACGCCCCCUGUGACUACCUGAAGUUUAAAGACCUGAUCCUGCGCAUGCUGGACUAUGACCCGAAAAGCCGCAUCACGCCAUUCUACGCCCUGCAGCACAAUUUCUUCAAGAAGACGACAGAUGAAGGAACCAACACCAGUUCAUCUACAUCCACCUCUCCUGCCAUGGACCACUCCCAUUCAACCUCCACUACUAGCUCUGUCUCUAGCUCUGGUGGCUCCAGUGGUUCUUCCAAUGAUAACCGCAACUACCGCUACAGUAACCGCUACUACAACUCUGCUGUUACACAUUCAGAUUACGAGAUGACCAGCCCUCAGGCUCCCUCCCAGCAGCAGAUGAGGAUGUGGCCCGGCAGUGAAGGUGGAGGUGGGGGUCAGGACCCAGCAUACACCCAGUUGCUGCUCCACAAGCCGGCGGCCUCCCAACAACACCAGCGCCACUUCCUGGACCCGCCCCACCACCCCCACCCCACCUACUCCCACCACGGGAACGGCGGGCGUGGCCUGCGGCAGGGCGGACAGACGGGCAUCGGUGGAGGGGGGGGCCAGCAGGGCUCCUCGCCCCAGAUGAGUGACAGCAUGGAUGUGGGCGUGUCCCUAGGGCUGCACCACCUGGGGGCGGUGUCUUCCAUGGAGGCCUCUCAGUUUGGCUCCGCCUCCCUGCCCCUCGCUUUGCCAAUCGGACUGUCUGCCUUCCGGACUCGGACGGCCCCCACCGCCCCAGGGCCACAAGCCCCGCCCCCUGAGGACUACUACCCUGCCUCCAACAACAAUAACCCGGCUGCGGGGGGCAGAGGGAGGCCGGACUCAGACGAGGGACCCGCCAACUCUUGAUAAAACCUGAACCAUGCCCUAAAGCCAUACAAUUUUAACUACAACUA